CUUUCCCGAUAGGUUUUGGCCUGACUCCCCCGCCCCCCAUUUCUUUCUUCUUCCUCUUCCUCCCCCUCCUUCUUUUUCUUUUCUUUUUUUUUUUUUUUUUUUUUUCUUCUCUCUCUCUCUCUUUCUCUUUUUUUUUUUUUUUUUUUCCUGGCUUCGGACCUUAGACUGCUGCAGCCUGAGCCUUCACUGGGCUCAGCUCUUUAGAGCUGCCCAUCCCUCUGGCUGCGAGAAAGGACGCGCGCCCUGCGUAGGGCGAAGAAAAGAAGAAAAACUUGUCGGAGGGGUUUCGCCAGCCCACAUUAACCCCCUUCCCGCAAACCCAAACCUCCCGCCAGGGCCAUCCCAACACUGGGGAAAGUUCCUUGUGAGCCGACAGCCCUCUUGGAUUUGGAGGAGGCAGCCGCGCUGGCUGUGGAAUUAGAUCUAUUUUGAACCCAGUGGAGCAUAUCGCGGGGGCUCGGAAGUCACUGUCUGCGGGCACCCGGGUGGCGCUGCCUGUGCGGAACCGAGAGUUUGCGAGCCCCGGCUGCAAGUGGCCUUUCCUCCCCGCCGUUGGUGUCCUGUGUCUGGGGUGAGGGCUGCGAGUGUUGUGGCAAGUUGCGAAGAGAGACCCGGAGGUCCGGAGAGGACUGCACUCCCCCUCGCUCUCCCUUCCUCUUCCCAGCUCCCGAGUGUGAAAUCCCAUCGAAAUUUACAAAGGCCUCCAGGUUCAGCCAGACCGGUCCGCAGCGCUUGGCCCCAGCGUCCCUAUCGUCCCGAUUCCCACUCGGAGCCUCCAAGCACCCGGCGCCUGGGAAGGACUGGCGGGGAGGGGGAGGGAGGUCUCGGCGGCGGCAUGGCGAGGUUCCCGAGGGCAGACCUGGCCGCUGCAGGAGUUGUGUUACUUUGCCACUUUUUAAUGGACCGUUUUCAGUUCACUGAAGGGGAGCCUGGAAACCAAAUCAAUGAUUGGCAAUAUCAAGUUGCUCAGGUCUUCCCACGAACAGAACAGGAAGUCGAUGUGGACACGCAUGCAUUCAGCCACCGGUGGAAAAGGAGCUUGGAUUCCCUCAAGGCAGUAGACUCGAACCGAGCAAGCAUGGGCCAAGACUCCCCAGAGCCCAGAGGCUUCACAGACCUGCUACUGGAUGAUGGGCAGGACAACACCACCCAGAUUGAGGAGGACACAGAUCACAAUUACUAUAUAUCUCGGAUAUAUGGUCCCUCCGAUUCAGCCAGCCGGAAUUUGUGGGUGAACAUAGACCAGAUGGAAAAAGACAAAGUGAAGAUCCAUGGAAUUUUGUCCAAUACUCACCGGCAAGCUGCGAGAGUGAAUCUGUCCUUCGAUUUCCCAUUUUAUGGCCAUUUCCUACGUGAAAUCACUGUGGCAACUGGGGGUUUCAUAUACACUGGAGAAGUCGUACAUCGAAUGCUAACAGCCACACAGUACAUAGCACCUUUAAUGGCAAAUUUCGAUCCCAGUGUAUCCAGAAAUUCAACAGUCAGAUAUUUUGAUAAUGGCACAGCACUUGUUGUCCAGUGGGACCACGUACAUCUCCAGGAUAACUACAACCUGGGAAGCUUCACAUUCCAGGCAACCCUCCUCAUGGAUGGACGCAUCAUCUUUGGAUAUAAAGAAAUUCCCGUCUUGGUCACACAGAUAAGUUCGACCAAUCACCCAGUGAAAGUGGGACUGUCUGAUGCAUUUGUCGUUGUCCACAGGAUCCAACAAAUUCCCAAUGUCCGGAGAAGAACAAUUUAUGAAUACCACCGAGUAGAGCUACAAAUGUCAAAAAUUACCAAUAUUUCAGCUGUGGAGAUGACCCCAUUACCUACAUGUCUCCAGUUUAAUGGUUGUGGCCCCUGUGUAUCCUCUCAGAUUGGCUUCAACUGCAGUUGGUGUAGUAAACUUCAAAGAUGUUCCAGUGGAUUUGACCGCCAUCGGCAGGACUGGGUGGACAGUGGAUGCCCUGAAGAGUCAAAAGAGAAGAUGUGUGAGAACACAGAGCCAAUGGAAAGUUCUUCUCAAACCACCACAACUAUACAAGCAACAACCACAAAAUUCAGGGUCUUAACAACCACCAGAAGAGCAGCGACAUCCCAGCUGCCCACCAGUCUGCCCACAGAAGAUGAUACCAAGAUAGCACUACAUCUAAAAGAUAAUGGAGCUUCUACAGAUGACAGUGCAGCCGAGAAGAAAGGGGGAACCCUUCAUGCUGGCCUCAUUGUUGGAAUUCUCAUCCUGGUCCUCAUUAUAGUAGCAGCCAUUCUUGUGACAGUCUACAUGUAUCACCAUCCAACGUCAGCAGCCAGCAUUUUCUUUAUUGAGAGACGCCCAAGCAGAUGGCCUGCGAUGAAGUUUCGAAGAGGUUCUGGUCAUCCUGCCUAUGCUGAAGUUGAACCAGUUGGAGAGAAAGAAGGUUUCAUUGUAUCAGAGCAGUGCUAAAAUUUCUAGGACAGAACAGCACCAGUGCUGGCUUACAGGUGUUAAGACUAAAAAUUUGCCUAUACCUUUAAGACACAUACAACACACACACACACACACACACACACACACACACACACACACACAGGAGCCCUAAGCUGCUGUAGCCUGAAGGAGAGGAGAUUUCUGGACAAGCCCAGCCCAGCCCAGGAAGGGGAAAAAAAAAAAAAAAACCUAAAAUUUAUGCAAGGUACCACUGACCGCUGAACAUAGAAUUCCCUAAUGGGAUGAAUCUAUAGUUCACUCAGAACAUCUCCUGUGGAUUUAUCAGCAGUAUGACAAGAUUACAGUGCUAUUGGCUUAGGUGCAGGGUUGCAAAGGGAUCGAGAAAAACAAUAAUAAUAAAGCUUUAGUUCAUGAGGGAUCUACACCUUUGCUUCAAAUAUUCUUCUCUAAUGUCUCAAAGAUAACGGUGUUCCAAAGCCUGAACCCUUUCUCUCAAAAGAGCAAUGAUGAAUGUUUCAAGAUUGCUAAGAAAAAUAACUGACUCCUGCAGGAGCAAAAACAAACAACAAACAAACAAACAUAAAACGAGAGAUUUUCUAUCUUUCCGCCAGACAUGUGGCAAAAGGAUUUUGUUUUUCUGGUCUAGAUCCAAUGGUCCCAACAAGUUCAUUACUUUACAGAAUGAAUCUUUUAUCCGUGCAGGACGUUCACACUAUGCCUCCCUCUUCCUCGUUAAUGAAUGUCCUUUCUAUGGGCUGUGACAGAAUUGCCAAACUCAGCUAAGGAUUAGGAGAGAGGGCGUGGCACGUGAGGUUUUCAGCUCUCCUGCCUCGGAAUAAAACACUUCAUUAUUUUUAAAGAAACGUUGCCUCCAUUUUCCCAACUAUGAAAUCCUAUGAAGCCACAGUUGCUCUUGGCUGAAGGAAACAAGAGGAAACAAUACAAAGACCUCCUUAAUUGUUUUUCAAGCAAAAAUGUUAAGGAAUUCUAAACAUAUGGGGGAUUUUUGGCUUUUUUUUUUUUCCUUUUUACUCUGUGCCGGUUCAGUACUAAAGGCCCAUUUCAUUGUCGAUUCCUGCCUGAGAAAGCCAUUCAAGUCAGCAUAUCCCUGGCGAUAAAAAGAAUGAAAGAACCCUGCUGAAUCAUACAGUAAUUUUCUUUAAAGCACAUAGUAGUUACAUAAAUAUAUAUAUAAAUAUAUUUUUGUUUAUAACUAACACAAGGCAGGCUCUUGUGACUCAGAGUGCAUUUUGUCAUCAAGACAAACCACAUGCAAGGUGCGUUACUGCAUACUUCCAUAGAGUUGUAAAAUAAUCCUUAAUAUUAGAAUAUUUUUAUGUCACUCAGCAAAAGUGGUUGGUUCAAUUAGUUGCAGUGCUGAUCAUUUUCCUGCCUAUUUGAGCCACCCUUUCAUUCAUAUCAACCCCUUCCCUCCCUGGUAAAUAAAGCAGAGUGCUCCUUAGAUGGAUCUGUCAUCUGCCCCGUCAUCACAAUCCAGAUUUUGAAACUUCUCCAUGAAUGAGAAACAGUAAGGCAUCGCUUGAGGAGGAAAGUGGUUAAUAUGUAUACUGAGCUCCCAAAGUUGAAAUUCAGGUACUGUGUGUACAAUUUCAUCCACAUCUCGACCCAUGAAGCUGACGUCCUGUGCCAAGAAGUUGCAGGCGCUUAUAGGGUCCAGUGUCCCACAUUUGCAGAUUCAGGUAUCCGGAAGCAGAGAUGUAUUGUAAGUAGCACUUUACUAACGCUUAGCAUCUGUACCCAGUGUCUACCUUGAACGACAUCAGUCUACUAACAGAGUAUCAUAGUUUAUCUUCACAGCUGUCUGAUGUAAACUCGUGCCAUCUUCCAUCACAUAUAUUUUGCUUUACGUUUUUAAAUACUUGAUGAGGAUGAUACUUUUUUCCUAACCUGCUUAGUUAAUCAUUGAGGAAAAAAAAAAAAACCUAGCAAGCAAGAUGAUUGAAGGAUGUGAUGACAAUCUCUGCUGUAGCUGCAUUCAGUCUCUAUGAAAUAUCCCAACUUAUUUCUGUGGAGUAGGUUUGGUCGGCUAGCAAUAACCAAAUGACAUGCCAACGUGACUGGUGCAACUGGUAUUCUACAAAGACAUAAGGAACAGGUAGACGAUUCCUUUUAGGAGAAGAUGACGCUUCUUCCAGUAGCUUCUGUGAUAGGUGUGGCUUCCAACAGCAGUUGAUUGACAGUUCUAUAAAUCUUGUGUACAUAUCCAACUCUUUGCACAGUUCUUUGAAGUAGCAGUGUUCUCUUUAUUCCCUUCAGAGCUUAUCUUCCAUUUUCUAUUAAAAGAAUUGACAAUUCUGUAAAACAAACAAACAAACAAACCAAAACCAAAAUGAAACAAAAACAUAAAACGCUGUAUUGUUCAGUGAACUAAAGCACCAAAUAACAGGGGAAACUUUGGAAGUGUUGAGAAAACUUCCUACCAAAACUAGAAGUUGAAGGUGGUAAGAAGUUUCUGCUGUAUAUGAAUCUUUUAGUGGUAAAGGCAAAAGGCUUGCUAAUCCCUUUUUUUUUUCCUGAAAUUUUUAUUCUGUUUUGUAUUUCUGGUUUGAUCCUGGUGCCCAUUUACUGCAAAGGAAGAGCAAACGUACAUGAUGUUUCUGGAAAUUCAAAAUGGACAUUGAUGCUUUGGACUUUACAUGCAUUAUGUAUUAGAAAGGAUGCAUCUGUAAAUUGCUUAAAUACUAUGAACAUAGCAGUGAGAGAAUAACAAUUUUAAAAGGUAAGAAUAGCAAAAGAUACAUACAAACUUCUGAAGAAAUCAGGUAGAUGGUGCUACAGAGGAAAUAAUAUUUGGUGAUUAGUUAAAGGUAUGAAAAGUCAAGGAAAAAUAUCUUAAGGCAACCAGAUGGCACUGACCACAAUGUUGGUUUGUUUGUGAAGCAUUUGGACUUUUAAGAUAUACUAACAAACAGAAAACUAAAGUUCAAUGAUAAAGUACAGUUUACCCCCAAUUAUUAUUUUAGUUUGAGAUACCUAGGGCAUUUGCCCCUUCUCACAGGUAGCUUCUAGACUUGUGCUGUCCAGUGUCAUCUCCACAAGCAAAAUGUGGAUACUUAAAUUUAAUUAACAUUAAACUUUUAAAAAGUUCAGUUCUCCAGUCACUAGUCACAUUUCAAAUGCUCAAUAACCGCAUGUGGCUUCUUGGCUUCUAUAUUGGGCAACACAUAGCCUUCCCAUCGUUACAAAAAAACUCUACCACUCAGUGCUGUAGAGGUCUUUCCUUUUAAUUCCCUCUCCUUGAACAAAAAGGAGAAGGAAGAAAAAGAGAGGAUUUGGAAGUUCUUGGGGAUAUCUAAGUGUUUUUGAUCUCGGAAAGGCAGCAUGGCAUGAAGAAAAGAAUGCCAGCUGACACAGCUUUGAGUCUCCACUGUGUUAUCUUGGGAAAAAUCACUUUAACUUCCAUGAGGUCUCAAUUUACAAUUUUGGAAAAUAAAAAUAUUUUUGUUCUGUC